AUGUCAAUGGAUAUUAUAAAGGGGAAAUUAGAUGGAAUUUCAAAACCAGCCUCAAGCUCAAGAUCACGCCCAGGGAGCAGAAGUUCAACCGCUUCUCUGGAGGUGCUCUCACCAGAACCAGGGCCCUUCAAGAUCGACAUGGUUAGCAAGUUGAAUUCUGAUAAAGAGGGCCACUCAUCAAAUAGUAGUGUGGAAGAAAGAAGAAAUAGUAGUGAUGAUAAGUGGGCAGACCACUCCAAGAAUACACAGUCAGCCAAAGAGAGCUCAGACGAAGACCCGGACUUCACUCAAGAUCAGAUGACCCCUGAGCAUCCAGAUGAUCCUGAAGGGCCGGGUACAGAACUUCAAAAUGCUAUUCGUAAGAUGCGCAGACUCGAUAAGAUAUUGGCCAAAAGACAAUGUAGAGAAAAGGAAGUUAAAAAGCAAGGUGUAGAAAUGAGGCUUAAGCUCUGGGAAGAACUCAAGUCUGCAAAACAUACUGAAGACUUGGAAAACGAUGAGGAAUUGGAAAACACUAACAAGUUCUUGUGUUUGACUUCAAAGUCUGCAGGAACAGCAGCGGUAGAGCCUUUGCACUGUGAAUUUGAAGACACCCUUUUCUCAGUGUUUGAUACCCAGAUUCCUCCAGAAACUUAUGAAAAUCAUGUGCAGAUUAUCGAGAAAGCUUUUACCUGUGAUGUGGAAAAAAAUGAGCCAUUGGUUGAAACAGAAAGGAAACCUUUUCCAAAUACGGAAAGGAUUGAGCUUAGGAGUAAACACAGCCAGGACUUCAUUAAGCGAAACAUUGAGUUGGCCAAGAGUUCAAGAAGCCCAGUGGUUAUGAUUGACACAGAGAAGCAAAGGCUGGAUGAACUUCUGCAAGGCUUAGACGACACAGACUCAGGUCUGUCCAGCUCUGAGGGCGAUCAGUGUGGCUGCCUGGUCCCAGGAGAAGGCUAUACCUUUGCAGCCACUGAGUCUCAGCAACUUGCUGAGAUUGACACAAAGCUUCAGGAACUCUCUGUAGUUUCUCCAACCGUCUUCAGCCUUUCUCCAAGACUCGAAAGUCAGAGCAAUAAGGAGCCUCUUCCCGAUGAAGAAAAAAAUACAGAAGCAACUCCAGGAGAAAAGAUACUCCGGGACAACAAAGAGCAACGGGAUCGGCAGUGUCGGCUGAGAGCCAUCGAUGGAAAGCUGAGGGCGAUCAGUGAGCAGCAGUUAAACUCCACAUCACGUCUUUCUGAGGAGCAGCUGAAGUGUCUUCUGGACGAGUGUGUAGCCCAAGAGAAAUGCAUCCCUCUUGGUCUUUCUUCUAAAAGAGAAAAUGGAGGUCCUGGUUCAGCACAUGAUGGGCCCCCACAGCUUUGCCCAUCUCCUCUCUAUGAGUUGCUGGAUGAGCCCGAAGCCACUGUCCAGAAAACCCAGCCAGACGAUGUGAACAGGCUUGCGCAUGAGGGACACGCAUCUUCUGCAGGCUCCUAUCUCACCAAAGCCCUGGCUGGGCACUACAAUCCAGAAGCUCUCAUCAUCGAAGUGGAGACCAUGAAACACAUUCAGUUCUCCAAGGAGGAGGCUUUCAAUGAUGCAGUGGACUAUUUUAUGUCAAAGACCGUUGGCAUCGGGAGACUGAAAAAGCCCCCUUUCUUGGAUGAUCCUCUGGAUGACAUCAACACCAACUCCUCCUCAGAUGACCAAAAGCUGAAACUCAGCCUUGCACACCAACCAGUAGUAGGUGAGGUUGGAGAGCCCGUGUUGUGUGAAUAUUUCUUAGGCAUCUCAACAUGAAGAUAAUGUGAAUAAAAGUAG